GUUUUGCGGCUUUCUCCCCCACCAUGUAGACACAUUGUGGACACACCCAUAGACUGCCCAGGGAAACCAGGAGCCAAGCAAACAUUGUGAAGGAGUUGUCUUGGUGGGGGUUUAUCUGCUCAGGGGGGCGGGGGUGUACACACACAAGAAGUCAGCUGGUCCAUCUGGAGGAAUUUUGUGUAGCACCAACCUCGCUUACAUCGGACUGUGCUUCUCAGUUUCCACGGGUAUGGCUAUAGCUGCGCGGUCCAGGACGGGGUUCUACCGGCAGGAGGUAAACAGAACCGUGUGGGAGGUGCCGGAGAGGUACCGGGACUUAAAGCAGGUCGGAACUGGAGCCUACGGGACCGUGUGUUCAGCUUGGGACCGCCGCACAGGGACACAGGUGGCCAUCAAAAAGCUACACCGGCCCUUCCAGUCCAAACUUUUUGCCAAAAGGGCCUACAGGGAGCUACGACUCCUCAAACACAUGAAGCAUGAAAAUGUGAUUGGCCUGUUGGAUGUUUUCACAGCUGAGAUCUCUUUGGAUCGACUUCGAGACUUUUACCUAGUGAUGCCAUUCAUGGGCACAGACCUGGGAAAGCUAAUGAAAAUGGAGAGGUUGUCGGGGGAUCGCAUUCAGUUUCUUGUUUAUCAGAUGCUGAGAGGCCUUAAGUAUAUCCACUCAGCAGGGAUCAUCCACAGGGACCUCAAACCUGGAAAUUUAGCCAUAAACCCUGAUUGUGAGCUAAAGAUUCUUGACUUUGGCUUGGCUCGACAGACUGACACAGAGAUGACUGGUUAUGUUGUGACGCGCUGGUAUCGGGCACCGGAGGUCAUCCUCAACUGGAUGCAUUACACGCAAACUGUGGAUAUUUGGUCAGCAGGUUGCAUCAUGGCAGAGAUGUUGCUGGGAAAACCUCUGUUCAAAGGAAACGACCACCUGGACCAGCUAAGAGAAAUCAUGAAGAUUACAGGAACUCCGACUCCUGACUUUGUUCUGAAGCUACAGAGUCAAGAUGCCAGAAACUACAUCAGAAGUUUACCAAAAGUGCCAAAGAAAGAUUUGCAGCUCAUUUUCUCCAAAGCCAGCUCACAUGCGCUGUGCAUCCUGGAAAAGAUGCUCCUUCUCGAUCCUGAGAGCAGGGCAAGCGCGUCAGAGGCCCUUGAGCUCCCGUUCUUCAGCGAGUUCAGAGAUGUGGAGGAGGAGACUGAGGCGCUGCCAUACGAUCAGACAAUAGACAACACAGACCUGCCGCUGGAACAGUGGAAACGUCAUACUUUCACAGAGAUCCUGACCUUUAGGCCACCCAGGGACUCAAAGGAAACGUCGCUUUAAGAGCUUGCAUCUUUCCAAACAUGAACCUUUACCCUCCCACACUGAAAUAUUUUUUUAUUUUAUCUAUUAGUAGGGAUCCAAAGUGUUUGUCAAUUCUUUUAUAGACAAUAAAUAGUAUUUGAUCUGA